GGGUUCGUUCGAUGACGGCAUCACUCGUUUCUACACGGGCUGCGUCAUCGAGGCGUUGGCGUUCCUGCACUCCAGAGGGAUCAUCUACAGAGACCUCAAACCGGAGAACAUCAUCCUGGACCACCGAGGAUACGCCAAGCUGGUGGACUUCGGCUUCGCUAAGAAGGUGGGUCUGGGGAAGAAGACGUGGACUUUCUGUGGGACCCCCGAGUACGUGGCCCCUGAGAUCAUCCUGAACAAAGGCCACGACAGCUCGGCGGACUGCUGGUCUCUGGGGAUCCUGGUCUUUGAGCUGCUCAGCGGCAGUCCUCCGUUUUCAGGCUCUGACCCCAUGAAGACGUACAACAUCAUCCUGAGAGGCAUCGACAUGAUCGAGUUUCCCAAAAAGAUCACCAAGAGCGCCGCCAACCUCAUCAAGCGACUCUGCAGGUUGUUGUCGCACCUUAUGGCGAGAUUUCUUUAUCUCCUGAACAAAAAAUGA